UCGGCGACGUCAUCGCCAGCAUCAUCCUCUGCCCUGCCGGAACCAUUUGACAACACACCAGCCUCCGCCUUCGAGGGGGAGGGCUCAACUGACUCAUGCUCCAGCUUCAUAUCGAAUCUUCUCCAGGAUCCCACAUUCAAGAGCUGUUACCCUCUCUCCAUGAUGCUGCAGACUUCGACGGGCCUCUUCCAAGCCGAAAAGUCUCUCCUCAGCAUCGUGCGGGUGCUUGACGCAUCCUGUAAAGCCGAUUCCGUGUCCUGUGCUACGUUCCUCGAUCAAGCCGCGGCAAACCUCACCACGAGUGACAAUUGCAAGGCCGAGAUUGCCCAGAACCAGACGCUGGUUCUGCAGGCGUACCGCGGACUGCAAGCCUACAAGGAGGUGUAUGCGGCAACUUGUCUUCAGGAUCCGACCACAAGCCAGUAUUGCUUUGCCAACGCCGUUACCAACCUCAACACGCCUUCAGACGCCUACCUAUACUUCUUGCCCUACGGUCUGGCCCUACCGGGCAGCUCCAACCCCUCUUGCAGCUGGUGUACGCAGCAGACGAUGGAUAUCUACUAUUCUGCGUCGGCGGAUCGAGACGCAUCUGUUGCCGAUGUAUAUGCGGACGCAGCCCGACAAGUGAACACCUUGUGCGGUCCGAACUAUGUCAACGGCACUCUACCACCGGCUUCGUCA